CUCAGAGUGAGGCGGCGGCGAGGAGUCCGGGCCCCGCUCGCGCCUGGGCUGAAUCGCCAGGCUGCAGGAGGUGCCGGGAGCAGCCGCGCCCCCGUGUGUGAGAAAGACCUGUGACAGCAUGUGCGACUGUGUGACCGUGAGGGAUUGUGCACAGUGUGACCAUGUGCAACUGCGUGACCGUGAGGGACUGUGAACAGUGUGCCAGGGUGCGACUGUGUGACCGUGAGAAACUUAGUCAAUAGUGUGGCUGUGUGAAUAGUGUGAGACUGUGUGAACGGUGUGACUGUAUGCGACUGUGUGUGAAUAGUGUGACUAUGUGCUACUCUAAAUAGUGUGACCACGAGGGACUGAGUAUAAAUAGUGUGACUGUGAAGGAAUGUGUGACCGUGAGAGACUGAGUGUGAACAGUGUGACAGUGAGGGACUGAGUGUGAAUAGUGUGACUGUGAGGGACUAAGCAUGAACAGUGUGGCUGUGUGCGACCGUGUGAACAGUGUGAUUGAGAGACUGAACAGUGUGGAUGUGUGCAACUGUGUGUAGAGGGUGUGGCUGUGUGCGACUGUGGGUGAAUAGCGUGACCAUGAGGGACCGUGUGUGAACAGUGCGACUGUGUGUGAAUAGUGUGACUGUGAGAGACUAUGAACAGUAUGAGACUGUGUGAGUAUAGUUUUGACUGUGUGAGACCAUUUGUGAACAGUGUGGCUGUGUGCAACUGUGUGAUUGUGUGAGACCAUGUGUGAAUAGUGUGUGGCUGUGUGACUGUGUGUGUGUCACUGUGUAACCAUGUAUGUGGCUGUCUGAGGCUUUGAGACUGUAUGAAGAGUGAUUAUAUGAGACGAUGUGUGACCCUGUGAGACUACAUGUAUUUGAAUUAGUGUGUAGUGGUGUGAUGGUGAGUAGAACUGUAGGAACAGUGAUUGUGUGAAACAACAUGUGACUGAGACUUGUGACACUAUUUGAGAUUGUGUGUCACAGUGUGUGAUGGUGUGACUCUCAUGUGAGACUGUGUAUGACCAUGUCUGUGACGAUUUGAGACUGUGUGAGAUUGUGUGACCUUGGGGUUGUAUGUGACAGUGUAUGUCACCAUGUGUCAUUGUGCCAGUGAGUGUUGACAUUGUGACCAAGAGUGGCCAUUUGUAGCCCAGUGUGAUGGGAAGGGAAACCCUGGUGGCGUAGUGGUUAAGAGCUAUGGCUGCUAACCAAAAGGCUGGCAGUUUGAAUCUACCAGGCACUCCUUGGAAACUCUAUGGGACAGUUCUGCUCUGUCCUGUAGAGUUGCUAUGAGUCAGAAUCGACUCGACGGUGAUGGGUUUGGUUUGGUUUUUGGUGGUGGGAAGGAUGGGCUACAGCACAGGGGCGUGUCCACAAGCUGUCAGGGAAGCUGUCAGCAUGUGGGGUUGUACGGUCUGUGUGUCUGUGGUUUGUGUGGUGGGUGGGAGGCUGUGUGGGUGCCCUGGGAAGCUGGGUGCUCCACAGUUUGGGAAUCUCUGUUGGGAGAAAGAGAUUGAGAUGAAGGAGAGACAGGUAGAGAGGGGGACAGCAUUUAAAAAAGGAAGAGAAGGAGAGAGAUGAAAAGAGGAGAGAACUGUGGAAAGGGACAAGCUGAGAGGAGUCCCAGCCUUAGGCCUGGAAAGCAGAAGAUCAGGCUGCUGGGCCUCAGUCCUCUCUGCACAGGAGGACCGUCUUUCCGUUCAUCAAAUCUGUGGGGGGGGGGGGGGGGUGUGAGGAAUUGUAGAGGAAAAGGCAGAGGAAACCUACUACACUUCAGGUGUUUUGCUUACCUUAUAUGGCCAUGCUGAGAUUUGAAUCCAGGUUCAUAAGACUCUGUACCACACGGUGCUGCCAUCUUGGAAAAGUAUUCAUGAAAAUAAGUGACUGAUGUUUUAUGAGCACAAAGGAUGUGCCAAAUACUAUGCUAAAUGCUUUAUGUGGAUCAUUUCAUAAUCCUGCCAAAAGCUGCUGGGAGUAGGUACCAUUUUAUUGAUAAGUAAACAUGUUUGGAGUAGUUACAUGAAAGAUUGCAGAGCUAGUGAGUAGAGGAUCAGGUGUUUGAGUGCAGCCAUUCUGAUCUCUCAUCUAGUGGUUCUUACCACUAAGUUAUCCUGCGACUGAGGUAAUCGUUUACUCUUCAGGGCAGUGAGGUCUGCUGGAAAAGAGCUCAUGAUGAUUAAGGGAUUCAGAUGGCUGUUCAUGCAUAGUGUCUCUCUCUUUCUCUCUGAGGAAAUUGCUUAGAAGAGUCAAGAGAUUGGUUUUCAGGCGCGGUUUGUCAUAGGCCAGGACCGGAAGCAGGGUGUCCUGACUCUCAUUUGGUCCAUUGUCCUUCAAGCCCCCUGGCCCCUUCUAAUGCCUACUCUCUGUAAAAUCACCUUGUAGUGUUAUCUCUCAUCCUUGUAGAAAGGGUGGGGGCAUAUUUCCCUUCAGCAUCAUCAUCUAGUGGAAAGGCUAAGAAGUCUGACCUAGAUUCCACUUUCACUCAAUUACUUACUACUAUGGAAACUUAGAGUAUUUCACCUGUGAAGAUCCUUCAUGUGUGAAAGGGGGGAAAUAACCCCUGCUUGGUAGAGCUGUUCUGAAGGGUAAAUGCUGUUAUUGUGUAUAAUUAUAAAUGACGUGACUUAUGCACAGAAAAUUUACAUUGUAUUUUUGAAUUCUAAAGCACAAAGGAAGAAGAAUUGUAAAUUUAGAUAUGAAUUACUGAAUUCAGUGACAUUUCUGAUUUAUUUCUGUGGUCAGGGGAGAAGGAGAGAUAGAAGGAAAAGUGGGUUUCUAGGCUGGUGAUGCUGGAAACUGCAGGGCAGGGCUGGCAUUUUAUGGUUUCUUUCAUCCUCUCCAGCUCCACCUUCGCAGGACACUGCCUUUCUCCAAGGGAGACGCUUGAAGGGGGAGGACAGAAGAGCUGUCAUAAAUUCUUACAUUCUUAAAGCCAUGUCUGAGUUGGAGACCCUAAUCAUCCAGGGUGAUGUUAAGAACACAUGAGAACUCUUAUGCAGGUGGGUAUUAACCUUUUCUUAGCCAUGGGUUUUAGAUUUCUGGUGUUUGUUUCUAAGAAGUGAUGAUGUGUUGAGACAGUGUGCAUAAACAAUUAUGUGAUUUAUUAUCAACACGGACUUCAACCCAGAGAUCGGAGUCAGCAGCAGAAGCAACAGGCCAGUGGUACGUGAAACCACUCUGUCCAAUGGGCAGCCUCAAUUUGACCCUUUUGAUAUGAAAGUCAAGAAGUCCUGGUUGCCCAGUGGUUAAGUGCUUGGCUGCUAACUAAAAGGUUGGUGAUUCGAACCCACCAGCCACUCUGGUGGAGAAAAGACCUGGUGAUCUGCCCCUAUAAAGAUUUCAGCCUAGAAAACCCUGUGGGGCAGUUCUGCCGUGUCACAUGGGGUCGCUAUGAGUCAGAAUAGACUUGACGGCACACAACACAGGAAAGUCAUGUUACCACCUCUUGAUCUCAUCCUUGGUCUGUGUUGUAGACCCCUUCUCAGACUAUUCCUCAAAGAGGAGAUGGGUAGACUUAUAAGCAACUCUGUUUGUCCUUACUGCUUUCUUCAUUCACAUUGGGUUUUUCUUAUAACACCAUUGCCUAAGGUGGACGCACUUGUCCUAGGGCAGCCUGGCUUGGAAUACACAAAGUUCAUGUUCUAAUCAGGGCUGUUUUCUAAUAGUAAGUGGGUAUAUCACAAGUACAUAAAAAUGUUUAUCAAAAUAAGGUUGCUUUUUCUAGUUCAUACCUUAUAUAAAAAUGUAAAGUGAGGAGGCGGAGCCAAGGUGGUGGAAUAGACAGACGCUUCCGUCGAGCCCUCUUUACAACAAAGACCCGAAAAAACAAGUGAAACGAGUAUAUUUGUGACAAGCUGGGAGCCCUGAGCAUCAAAGGCAAGCUUAGACAAUGAACCGAGGGGCAGGGGGACGAAGAGGCCGUUCAGAGGUGGAGAGGAGUUACUAGACCUGAAUCGCGGGGAGCCCUCAGGCACCAUGCCCAGAGCGGCGGCGGGCUGGUACUAGCCUUUGGCUGCAGUUUCCUCAGGGAGAAGCAGCCAACCACACAGCCCUCUCACACCUCUGGAACCUGAGGAGAACGGCACUCUCGACAAAAGCUAAGUACUUGUGUGUUUUUUAUUGCACUCCCCCACCCCCAAGCCGGCUUCAGUGGCUAAAUCCCUGGGCCUGAGAUAGACCCUGGUGAGCACCUAGAGCCAUCCUCCUGGCCUUGGGGAAGGAAAAAAUUUGCAACUGGGGGGAAAAGAUAAUUUGCUAUCUCCAUUAACUGGGGGAGCUCAGGACAGAAGCGGCUGCUGUCCAGGCAUAAACCAUCUGUGGACCUUGUGCACCUUUCCCUUCUACAUGGACCUGUGUGGGCCAACAAGGGAAAAUAGGCCCUCGUUGGCAAACUCCAACCAUUUCAGCUGUGUGGUGGAGAGGUGGGCGUUUGACAUUUGACAUUGCUUUGCCUAUUAAACAACGUCCUCACCUAUCCACAUCAGGGACCUAAGGACUGGUAGCUCCACUCAGGUCACCCAGCCACCCGUGGCAGGGGUCCAGAGAUAACUGGUACCUCCCAGUCCUUACAACCAAAAACUUUGGGUGCCCGUGGUCUCUCUGCAGAACACACCCACCAGCAUGCUCUAGGGAACAGAGACGCAUUUUCCUCAGAGACACUUGGGGGUUGGUUCUCAGCCCCCUGCCUUGUUCAGAGCAUGACCCCCUGCUGCAAUCAGAUACGGGUAUAUACGCCAAUCACCCCUGCCCCUCUAAGACUGUAGGACAGAGCCUGUACUACACACUUGAUAUCAGCUACCUGGAAAUCUGAGCUGAAUUCGUACAAGAAAACUGAAUGGACUCCUAGACUGAUAUACCUGAUAACAGCUCUAGCCAGCUAGGGACAGGACACCAGAGCUCCAAAGGCAAAAAUAAUCAAGCUAGCUCACUCAAGCAACCCAUAGGAGUAUACCAAAACAAAACAAAGCAAGCAGCUACGGCAUAGUAAGCAAGCAUAAACUAAUACAAUAACUUACAGAUGGCUCGGAGACAACAGUCAGUAUCAAUUCACAUAAAGAAACUGACCAUGAUCACCUCAACAGGCUCUCAAAACAAAGAAUCCAGGGAUCUUCUAGAUGAAAGUGCAUCCCUGGAAUUACCAGAUGCAGAAUACAAAAGGUUAAUAUACAGAACCCUUCAAGACAUCAGGAAGGAAAUGAGGCAAUAUGCAGAACAAGCCAAGGAACACACAGAUAAAGCAACUGAAGAAAUUAGAAAGAUUAUUCAGGAACAUGAUGAAAAGUUUAAUAAGCUGGUAAAAUCCAUAGACAGGCAGCAAGCAGAAAUUCUGUAAUCAGAAAUUACAGAAUUAGAUAAUUCAAUAGAAAGUCAGAGGAGCAGAAUUGAGCAAGUAGAAGCUAGAAUUUCUGAACUCGAAGAUAAAUCACUUGGCACUAAUAUAUUUGAAGAAAAAUCAGAUAAAAGAUUUAAAAAAAAUGAAGAAACCUUAAGAAUCACGUGGGACUCUAUCAAGAGAAAUAACCUACGAGUGAUUGGAGUGCCAGAACAGGAGGGAUAACAGAAAAUGCAGAGAAAAUUGUUGAAGAUUUGUUGGCAGAAAACUUCCCUGGUGUUGCGGAAGAUGAGAAGAUAUCUAUCCAAGAUGCUCAUCGAACUCCACAUAAGGUAGAUCUGAAAAGAAAAUCACAAAGACGUUAUAAUCGAGCUUGCCAAACCGAAAGAUAAAGAGAGAAUUAUAAGAGCAGCGAGGGUAAAUGAAAAGUCACCUACAAAGGAGAGCCAAUAAGAAUAAGCUCGGACUACUUGGCAGAAACCAUGCAGGCAAGAAGGCAAUGGGAUGACAUAUUUAAGAAAUUGAAGGAAAAAAAAUUGCCUGCCAAGAAUCAUAUAUCCAUCAAAACUGUCUCUUAAAUACGAAGGUGAAAUUAAGACAUUUCCAGAUAAACAUAAGUUUAGGGAAUUCGUAAAAACCAAAAGAAAACUACAAGAAAUACUAAAGGGAGUUCUUUGGUUAGAAAAUCAAUAAUAUCAGGUAUCAACCCAAGAGUAGAACACUGGGCAGAGCAACCAGAAGUCAACCCAGACAGGGAAAUUCAAAAAUAAACAAAGCAAGAUUAUUAAAAAAAAAAAAAAGAACAAGAAGAAGCCCAACACACGAUAACGGUGAUAUUAUUAUAUAAAAGAAGACAACAUUAGAAUAAUAAAGAAAAAAAAAUAAAGAGGGACUAAGAAAUGUAAUCAUACACCUUCCAUAUGGAGAGGAAGAUACGGCGAUACAAAGAAAUAAAAGUUAGUUUUAAAUUUAGAAAAAUAGGGGUAAGUAAUAAGGUAACCACAAAGGAGACGAACUAUCCUACACAUCAAAAUCAAAUACAAGGGAAAAACAGAGACUCACCAGAAACAAAAUCAACACCAACAAAUACGAGGAAAGGACAAUCCAUAAAGAAAAUCUCCUCAGCCCAUAAAAUCAAGUGGGAAAAAGAAACUGUCAACACACAAAAAAAGACAUCAAAAUGAUAUCACUAAAUUCAUACCUAUUCAUAAAUACAUUGAAUGUAAAUGGACUAAAUGCAUCAAUAAAGAGACAGAGAGUGGAUGAAUGGAUUAAAAAACAAGAUCCAUUUAUAUGCUGCCUACAAGAGACACACCUUAGACUUAGAGACACAAACAAACUAAAACUCAAAGGAUGGAAAAAAAUAUAUCAAGCAAACAAGAAUCAAAAAAAAGCAGGACUGGCAAUAUUAAUUUCUGACAAAAUAGACUUUAAAGUUAAAUCCAUCAGAAAGGAUAAGGAAGGACACUGUAUAAUGAUUAAAGAAACAAUACACCAAGAAGAUAUAACCAUAUGAAAUAUUUAUGCACCCAAUGACAGGGCUGCAAGAUACAUAAAGCAAACUCUAGCAGCAUCGAAACGUGAGAUAGACAGCUCCACAAUAAUAGUAGGAGACUUCAACACACCACUUUCAGUGAAGGACAGGACAUCCAGAAAGAAGCUCAAUAAAGACAUGGAAAAUCUAAAUGCCACAGUCAACCAACUUGACCUCGUAGACAUAUACAGAACACUCCACCCAACAGCAACCAACUAUACUUUCUUUUCUAGUACACGUGGAACAUUCUCUAGAAUAGACCACAUAUUAGGUCAUAAAGCAAGCCUUAGCAGAAUCCAAAACAUCGAAAUAUUACAAAGCAUCUUCUCUGACCAUAAAGCCAUAAAAGUGGAAAUCAAUAACAGGAAAAGCAGGGAAAAGAAAUCAAACACUUGGAAACUGAACAAUACCCUGCUCAAAAAAGACUGGAUUAUAGAAGACAUUAAGGAUGGAAUAAAGAAAUUCAGAGAAUCCAAUGAGAAUGAAAACACUUCCUAUCAGAACCUUUGGGACACAGCAAAAGCUGUGCUCAGAGAGCAAUUUAUAUCAAUAAAUGCACACAUCCAGAAAGAAGAAAGGGCCAACAUCAAAGGAUUAUCCGUACAACUUGCACAAAUAGAAAGAGAGCAACAAAAGAAACCCACAGGCACCAGAAGAAAACAAAUAAUAAAACUUAGAGCUGAACUAAAUGAAAUAGAAAACAGAAAAACAAUUGAAAGAAUUAAGACGACCAAAAGCUGGUUUUUUGAAAAAAUCAAUAAAAUUGAUAAACUACUGCCCAAACUGACAAAAGAAAAACAGGAGAUGAAGCAAAUAACCCAAGUAAGAAAUGAGAUGGGUGAUAUUACAACAGACCCAACUUAAAAGAAUCAUAUCAGAUUACUAUGAAAAAGUAUACUCAAACAAAUUUGAAAACCGAGAGGGAAUGGAUGAAUUCCUAGAAACACACUACCUACCUAAACUAACACAAACAGAGGUAGAAGAACUACAUAGGCCCAUAAUAAAAGAAGAGAUUGAAAAGUUAAUCAAAAAACUCCCAACAAAAAGCCCUGGUCCGGAUGGCUUCACUGCAGAGUUCUACCAAACUUUCAGAGAAGAGUUACCACUACUACUAAAGGUAUUUCAGAGCAUGGAAAAGAACAGAAUGCUACCAAACUCAUUCUAUGAAGCCACCAUAUCUCUGGUACCAAACCAGGUAGACACCACAAGAAAAGAAAUAUAUCCCUCAUGAAUGUAGAUGCAAAAAUCCUCAACAAAAUUCUAUCCAAAAGAAUUCAACAGCAUAUCAAAAAAAUAAUUCGCCGUGACCAAGUGGGAUUCAUACCAGGUAUACAGGGAAAGUUCAACAUUAGAAAAACAAUUAAUGUAAUCCACCACAUAAAUAAAACAAAAGACAAGAAUCACAUGAUUUUGUCAAUUGAUGCAGAAAAGGCAUUUGACAAUGUUCAACACUCAUUCAUGAUAAAAACUGUCAACAAAAUAGGAAUAGAAGGAAAGUUCCUCAACAUAAUAAAGGGCAUUUAUACAAAGCCAACAUCCAACACCACCCUAAAUGGAGAGAGCCUGAAAACAUUCCCAUUGCAAUUGGGAAGCAGACAAGGAUGCCCUUUAUCACCACUCUUAUUCAACAUUGUGCUGGAAGUCCUAGCCAGAGCAAUUAGGAUAGAUAAAUAAAGGGCAUCCAGAUUGGCAAGGAAGAAGUAAAAGCAUCUAUUUGUAGAUGACAUGAUCUUAUACACAGAAAACCCUAAGGAAUCCACCAGAAAACUACUGAAACUAAUAGAAGAGUUCAGCAGAGUAUCGGGAUACAAGAUAAACAUACAAAAAUCAGUUGGAUUCCUCUACACCAACAAAAAGAACAUUGAAGAGGAAAUCACCAAAUCAAUGCCAUUUACAGUAGCCCCCAAGAAGACAAAAUACUUAGGAAUAAAUCUUACCAGAGAUGUUAAAGACUUAUACAAAGAAAACUAUAGUACACUUCUGCAAGAAACCAAAAGAGACUUACAUAAGUGGAAGAACAUACCUUGCUCAUGUAUAGGAAGACUUAAUAUUAUAAACAUGUCUAUUCUACCAAAAGCAAUCUAUACAUUUAAUGCAAUUCCAAUCCAAAUCCCAAGGACAUUCUUUAAUGAGAUGGAGAAACAAAUCGCCAAUUUCAUCUGGAAGGGAAAGAGGCCCCGGAUAAAUAAGGCAUUAGUGAAAAAGAAGAACAAAGCGGGAGGCCUUACUUUACCUAAUUUUAGAACCUAUUAUACCACCACAGUAGUCAAAAUAGCCUGGUACUGGUACAACAACAGAUACAUGGACCAAUGGAACAGAAUUGAGAAUCCAGACAUAAAUCCAUCCACAUAUGAGCAGUUGAUAUUUGACAAAGGCCCCAAAACAGUUAACUGGGGAAAAGACAGUCUUUUUGACAAAUGGUGCUGGCAUAACUGGAUAUCCAUCUGCAAAAGAAUGAAACAAGACCCAUACCUCACUCCAUGCACAAAAAUGAACUCAAAAUGGAUCAAAGACCUAAAUAUAAAAUCUAAAACAAAUCGACUCGACGGCACUGGGUUUUCACUGGGUUUUUAAAACGGUAAAGAUCAUGGAAGAAAAAAUAGGGACAACAUUAGGAGCCCUAAUACAUGGCAUAAACAGUAUAUAAGACAUUAUAAAGAAUGUGGAAGAAAAACUAGAUAACUGGGAGCUCCUAAAAAUCAAACACCUAUGCUCAUCCAAAGACUUCACCAAAAGAGUAAAAAGACUAUUAAAAAAAAAAAAUUACCUAUAGAAUGGGAAAAAGUUUUUAGCUAUGACAUUUCUGAUCAGCGCCUGAUCUCUAAAAUCUACAUGAUACUGCAAAAACUCAACUGCAAAAAGACAAAUAACCCUAUUAAAAAAUGGGCAAAAGAUAUGAAUAGACACUUCACUAAAGAAGACAUUCAGGUAGCUAACAGAUAUAUGAGGAAAUGUUCACGAUCAUUAGCCAUUAGAGAAAUGCAGAUCAAAACUACAAUGAGAUUUCAUCUCACUCCAACAAGGCUGGCAUUAAUCCAAAAAACACAACAGAAUAGAUGUUGGAGAGGCUGUGGAGAGAUUGGAACAUUUAUACACUGCUGGUGGGAAUGUAAAGUGGUACAACUACUUUGGAAAUCGAUCUGGCACUUCCUUAAAAAGCUAGAAAUAGAACUACCAUAAAAAAAAUAGAACUACCAUACGAUCCAGCAAUUGCACUCCUUGGAAUCUAUCCUAGGGAAAUAAGAGCCCGACACGGACACAUAUAUGCACACCCAUGUUUACUGCAGCACUGUUUACAAUAGCAAAAAGAUGGAAGCAACCAAGGCGCCCAUCAACAGAUGAAUGGAUAAAUAAAUUAUGGUAUAUUCACAUAGUGGAAUACUAUGCAUUGAUAAAGAACAGUGAGGAAUCUGUGAAACAUUUCAUAACAUGGAGGAGCCUGGAAGGCAUUAUGCUGAGUGAAAUCAGUCAGUUGCAAAAGGACAAAUAUUGUAUGAGACAACUAUUAUAAGAACCCAAGAAAUAGUUUAAACAGAGAAGAAAAUAUUCUUUGAUGGUUACAAGAGUAGGGAGGUAGGGAAAGUGGGAGAGGAGCAUUCACUAAGUAGAUGGUAGAUAAGAACAACUUUAGGUGAAGGGAAAGACAGCACACAAUACAGGGGAGGGCAGCACAAUUGGACUAAACCAAAAGCAAAGAAGAUUCCUGAAUUGAAUGCUUCGAAGGCCAGCGUAGCAGGGGCAGAGGUCUGGGGACUACGGUUUCAGGGGACAUCUAAGUCAAUUGGCAUAAUAAAAUCUAUUAAGAAAACAUUCCUCAUCCUACUUUGAAGAGUGGCAUCUGGGGUCUUAAAUGCUAACAAGCAGCCAUCUAAGAUGCAUCAAUUGGUCUCAACCUACCUGGAUCAAAGGAGAAUGAAGGACACAAGGCGAUCACGAGCCCAAGAGACAGAAAGGGCCACAUCAACCAGCGACUGCAUCAUCCUGAGACCAGAAGAACUAGAUGGUGCCCGGCUACAAUCAAUGUCUGCCCUGACAGGGAACACAACAGAGAACCCCUGAGGGAGCAGGAGAGCAGUGGGAUGCAGAUCCCAAAUUCUCGUAAGACCAGACUUAAUGGCCUGACUGAGACUAGAAGGACCCCGGUGGUUAUGGCCCCGAGACCUUCUGUUGGCCCAGGACAGGAACCAUUUCCAAAGCCAACUCUUCAGACAGGGAUUGAACUGGACAAUGGGUUGGAGAGGGAUGCUGGGGAGGAGUGAGCUUCUUGGAUCAGAUGGACACUUAAGACUAUGUUGGCAUCUCCUGCCUAGAGGGGAGAUGAGAGGGUGGAGGGGGUUAGAAGCUGGUGAAAUGGACACAAAAAGAGAGUGGAGGGAGAGAGCUGGCUGUCUCAUUAGGGGGAGAGUAAUUGGGAGUGUGUAGUAAGGUGUAUAUGGGUUUUUGUGUGAGAGACUGCCUUGAUUUGUAAAGUUUCACUUAAAGCACAGUAAAAAUGAUUAAAAAAUAAAUAUAGUGAUUAUAGGACUGUGCUAGGGAACGUACAAAAUGAGUGUUCAAAAGUUAUAUGAAAGCAUUGUGUUCUAGGGAUGCUGAAACCUUUUUAAAGGAGCUUCUACUGGACAAAUAUGAUCAUGAAAAUAAUGAUAAUAACAGACUAUAAUUCAUUAAAUAAAAGAGCAAUUUAAGAGUAACACUCAUAUAUACGUAUACGUGUGUGUAGAAUAGAAAGCUCUUAAAAUGGAAUUGUAAUGAAUGAAUAUAGAAGGAACGAUAAAAAAAGAGCAGUGUGAUAGCAACUAAUAAUAACUUAAUCAGUCAUGCGACACUAAUGUACGCUAAACUCAGUGGGUAAAAAUGGAAUAAAGAUUGAGAUCGUUGUGGCUUGUAUUGUGUCCCCCCAAAAUAUAUGUUGAAGUCCUAACCCCUGUACUUAUAAAGGUGAUCCUGUUUGGAAAUAGGAACACUAAGGAUUAACAGCAGCCACUAGAAGCUGAAAGAAACAAAGUAGGACCUUCCCCUAGAACCAACAAUCUGAAUAUGGACUUCAGGUCUUCUGAACUGAUUUGGUGACAUUUGGGGAUGUGGCAGUAGAUUUCUCUCAGGAAGAGUGGGAAUGGCUGAACCCUGCUCAGAGGACUUUGUACAGGAAGGUGAUGUUGGAGAACUAUAGGAGCCUGGUAUCACUGGCAGGAGCUUCUGUUUCUAAGCCAGAUGUGAUCUCAUUAUUGGAACAAGGAAAAGAACCCUGGAUGGUGAAGAAGGAGGGGACAAGACGCACAUACCCUGAUUGGGAGUAUAUAUUUGAAAACAGUGAAUUUUCAUCAAAGCAAGCUAUUUAUGAAGAAUCAUCCAAAGUGGUGACAAUAGGAAGAAGCCAUCUCAGUUAUGGCCUUGACUGCUCCAGUUUGAUAGACUGUAAAAGUGAGGGUUGUUUUAAGAGGCAUUUGGGAAGUCAUGAGGCACAUUCAAGUCAGUUGAUCUUCACGCAUAAGGAAAUCCUUACUGAAGAACAAAGUAAUAAAUAUAAUAAAUCUUGGCAAACUUUCCAUCAGGAUGCAAUGCUUGAUAUACAACAGAUCAUUCCCACCAAAGAAAGAGUACGUAAGCAUGAGCCACAAAACAAAAGCUACCGAAAAAAAUGUGUUGAAAUGAAACGUAAGAAAGUCUAUAUGGAAAAGAAACUUUUGAAAUGUAAUGAAUGUGAGAAAGUCUUCAACCAGAGCUCAUCCCUCACUCUUCAUCAGCGAAUUCAUACUGGAGAGAAACCUUAUGCGUGCGUUGAAUGUGGGAAAACCUUCAGCCAAAGUGCAAAUCUAGCUCAACAUAAGAGAAUACAUACUGGGGAGAAACCCUAUGAAUGUAAGGAAUGUAGGAAAGCUUUCAGCCAGAAUGCACACCUUGCUCAACAUCAGAGAGUUCAUACUGGAGAGAAACCUUAUCAGUGUAAAGAAUGUAAAAAAGCCUUCAGCCAGAUUGCACACCUGACUCAACACCAGAGAGUUCAUACUGGAGAGAGACCUUUUGAAUGUAUUGAAUGUGGAAAGGCUUUUAGCAAUGGUUCAUUUCUUGCUCAGCACCAGAGAAUUCAUACAGGAGAGAAACCUUAUGUGUGUAAUGUGUGUGGGAAAGCCUUUAGCCAUCGUGGAUACCUAAUUGUACAUCAGAGAAUUCAUACUGGAGAGAGACCCUAUGAAUGUAAAGAAUGUAGAAAAGCCUUCAGCCAAUAUGCACACCUUUCUCAGCAUCAGAGAGUUCAUACUGGAGAAAAACCUUAUGAAUGUAAAGUAUGUAGAAAAGCGUUUAGCCAAAUUGCAUACCUUGAUCAACAUCAGAGGGUCCAUACUGGAGAGAAACCUUAUGAAUGUAUUGAAUGUGGGAAGGCAUUUAGCAAUAGUUCAUCACUUGCACAACAUCAGAGAAGUCAUACUGGAGAAAAACCCUAUAUGUGUAAGGAAUGUAGGAAAACAUUUAGCCAGAAUGCAGGCCUUGCUCAACAUCAGAGAAUUCAUACUGGAGAAAAACCAUAUGAAUGUAAUGUUUGUGGGAAAGCCUUUAGCUAUAGUGGAUCUCUUACUCUACACCAGAGAAUUCAUACUGGAGAGAGACCCUAUGAAUGUAAGGAUUGCAGGAAAUCUUUCAGACAGCGUGCACACCUUGCUCAUCAUGAGAAAAUUCAUACUAUGGAGGCAUUCUUGACUCUUUCCUCUCCCUCGCCGUCCACAUCCAUUCAGUUACCAAGAUCUGUAGGUUAUAUCUCCUAAAUAUGUCUGGAAUCUGAUCCCUUUAAUACAUUUCCAUUCCAUCAUCCUUGUCUAAGAUACAGUCUAUCUGAUGUGGACUGUGGAAAUAACUUUCUAAUUGGUCUUCCUGUAUCCACCAUUGUCUGCUUCAAUCAUCCACAUUGCAGCCAAACUUAAAUUUUUUUAAAUAUAAGUUUAAUCAUACCAUUUCUCCCUCACUGAAACCCUUCAGUAAUAUCCCAUAGUUCUUAGGUUAAAAGCACACAGUCCUCAAAAUAGCCUUAGAGAUCCCUUUCUCCCCCACACCUUGUUCCAGUAUACUUUCCAAAGAAAUAUCAUGUCAAUAUUUAUUUCAUUUUCUGGAUACUUAACCAGAAUUAAGAACUCAGACUUCAGCAUCAAACAGAUCUGAGUUACAAUCCUUGCUCUUCCAUUUUGCCUUCUUAUUUUGAGGAACGUCUUAGCCUUUGUGACCUUCAGUCUUCUUAUUUAUAUUAUGGGAAUAAUAAUGGUUCUACCUCAAAAGUUAAUGAGAUAAUGCAUGUAAAUUGCUCAGCAGAGUGCCUAGCAUAAAGUAACAAUAAACAAUGAUGUAAAAUAAAAAGAUACUGUGGUGUGCAAAGAAGAGCUGAUCGUCUCAGCCAUAAUCAAUUGACAAAAAAGUAGCAGCAUCUCAGGACUAGGAGAUUGUAAAGGUUUUUGAUUAGGAAGUGUCACUGUUCUAAAGAUGGGUGAUGAGUCUAUCCUAUACUGUAGGAUUCACAUUAGAUUCUGUGAUUAUAUAGGGUAAGAUGGUGAUUUUUCAUCAUUUCAGCACAAAUAUAUAGAGAGAUGACUUUGUUGGGUAAGAAAAAACUAACCUUAUUGGAUGCUCAACGGUUCUAAGAAGUCACAUUUUAAGACAUUUUAAAUAAGACAAAUAGAAUUUACUGAGAUGUAUGUGUUGUUUACCUAACAAAAACUUGAAAAGAUCAAUAACCAAAGAAUAGAAAAUAAAGUGUUAAACUCCCUUUCCUAAUUCUAAGUGGAAUUAGACUUAUGACAUUAAAAUUAGAAAAAGUUGUUAAUCUUCUAAACAGUAAUUCUAAAACUAAAGAGAAAAAGAAACCAAAGCUAUAGGUCAGUGCUCCUAAACUGGCUGUUUGGUUUGGUAUGCAUCAUGUUCAAAACGAACAUGAUUUCCUUUAAGAUGGCAUGUGUUCUCUGGUUCUCCACAGUCCCAAGCACCCCGUUUUACAUUUAACCUGUUUUACUCUUUACUUACUUUCCUUGCUCUUGAAGGCUUGAGUUUGCAAUCAAUGCAGUAACUAAUUCACAUAUGAAUGAAGAUAAAAAGAGUGGUGAAAGUUCCAUGAAGGAUGAAAAGACUAGAACAAAUAGACAUUAUGUUCUCCUGGUUGGAAGAUGGAACAUCAUAAAGAUGUCAGUAGACCCCAAAUUAAUCUACAAUUCCUUGUACCUAACACCACCACAAGAAUAUAUUUUUAGUUACUGUACACGUGUGCACGGACACUUUUUUUGUGUGUGUGCAUACACGUAUAUACAUACCUUCAUAUAGAUACAUAAAGUACAUACUAAAGGUGAUAUUUCACAUCAGUGAUUAACAGUGUUAAGGAACUUGACUGUACAAAGACAACCAUUCUGUACAUGAAAAUUAUUUCCAAGUGUUUUAUUUAAAUAUGAAAUAUUAGAGGACACUAACAUACUUUGAUAAUCAUGGAGUGAGAACAAUUUUCCUAAGCAUGACAUGAGAUCCAAAAGCCACAAAGGAAAAAAGGUGCAUAGAUUGUCUCCGCAAGAACUUUAAAACAUUUGUACGAUCAAAGACAGUAUAAAAAUUAAAAGAUUUUUAGUCAGAAUGGAAGAAAAUCAUUGCAACAUAUAUGACAUGAAAUUCAUAUCCUUACUAUAAAAGUGCUACAAAUCACUUAGAAACUGACACCACAUUGCAGCCCCAUAGGCAAAGAAUAUGAGCAGGCAUCUGGUGACUGAUAAACGUGCUAAGUACUGAAUCUCACCAGGAUCAGAAAAAAACACACCAAUGAAACAACAUUUUUGCAACAUUUUGCAACAUCAGCUUGAUAAAAAUUUGCAUUGUGAAAGCAUAGGAAUACAGACACUUGCACUGAUUUGGGGAGUUUGAAUUUGUACAACCUUUCUGGAAGACAAUUUGUCAAUACCAAUUUUCCACAGGAAAACCAAGAUUUUCUGUAGCAGCUAACAGAUGGCACACAAGUUUGUCUUCCCCUCAUAUCCCAUUAAACAGACAAAAGAAUGGAAAAGGUGCCAAACGUAUAAUGAAAGCUAUAACAAAUGUACAGCUCUUCAAGUUAGCAACUCCAUUGCUAGAAAUUUAUGCCAGGGAAACACAAGUGUUCAAGAUCAACACACAGGGAUGUCCACUGCACAAUUAUAUUAGUGAAAAAGGGAAAUAAAUGUUAAUCAUUCUGUGAUUAAUAAACUAUGAUACAUAGGUUCAACAGGCUACCGUGAAGAAUUUAUAUACAUAUAUAACGCUUAUAACACAAACAGCCCUAAUAAAUAUGUUAAAUGAAAAGUUACAUAGUUUGAUCACAAUGUAGAAUUUAAAACAGUUGAAAACUACAUUCCACAAAUAUUUAUUCAAGCCUUGUAAUACGUCAGGAUACAUGCUAGGUGGUGGUGAAACAAAAUAGACAUGGAACCCACUGUUAGGAAGAUUAGAGUCUGAUUGGAAAGAGUUCUUCAAAUAAUUCCACAAAUACACUUUGCCAACUGAGUAGUGCUAUGAUGUUGCAGUACAGGGUGCUAUGAACACACAAAACAGAACAAUUAGAUUUGGUCUGGGAGUCAGGAAAGGAUUUCCUGGGGAAGUGCUGCUUCAACUGAGGCCUGAAAAUUGAGAAAGCAUUAACCAAAAUGAAACUAGUUGCCAUCAAGUUGAUUCCGACUCAUGGUGACCCCAUGUGUCAGAGCAGAACUGUGCUCCACAGAGUUUCCUGUGGCUGUUUUUUUGGAAGUAGAUCACCAGGGCUUUCUUCGAGGAGUCUCUGGGUAGACUCGUACCUCCAACCUUUCAGUUAGCACGUUAAAUGUGCCACCCAGGGACUCUGGGGAGAAAAAGUGAAGGAAGAGUGUUCCAGGCUGAGAAAAUAGUAUAUCUAAAGCUUUGGGAAUGGGAGUAUGAGUAUGGCCCAUUGAGGGAGAGAGAUAAUUUUAUGAGAUUGAAGCCAGAGAUAAACAGUUAAUAAAUCCUGAAUGAGCUUGUUCGACCAUGAUAAAGGAUACUAUCUCAAAAGAAUGCUGAGAUCUGCAAGGUUUUAAGAGGUAUAUGAUAGGGCGUAAUGAGUCAGAAUUGACUGGACAGCAAUGGGUUUGAUUUGGUUGGGUUGAUGCUAUGGAGAUGUGAAAGUAUAGAGUCACCACUUGAGAAGACUACAGGGAAAGUGACCUCAAGGGAGGAAAGGAAGUGGUAGGAACAAUCAUAAAAGUUAUGAGGAAGUUUGCUGAAUAUUAAGUGGUGAUCAUUCCAGAGAAAAGAGGUGAUAACUAGGCCUGACAGUGUAUGGGAGGAAUAGUUCAGCUAUCUUCAAUCUCUUAAGAAGGAAGUACGAAAUACAAGAUCUGCAUUUGUCACAGUGAGGGCCACCAUCUUAUCACGAUGCACAUUUUGGGGUUGCCUAAUUUACAUAUCUAAGGUAUGAAAUGGACGAAACACCUCUCUCAGGCUCAAUCCACUGAGGCAUGGAGAUUUGUGGAGCCGAGUGUGAGAGGGAAGGGUAAUUAGCCUUUAUUCUCAUCCUUUCCUGUGGCAAAGGUAAGUUAAAUUUCCACGGGUCAAGUGAACACAGUACAAAGUGGCUUGUUACUAAGCUGCCUUUCCUGUAAUCCCGGGCGGCUACACGCUAGACAAGACAACCCCAACAGCAAGAGGCUGGGACUGGAGUAACAAAAAGUGGUUAAGGCUCACCUGGAAUUCCUUUUAAGGUCCUCCAUAGGCCUAUACCACCACUCAUCUGUCAGUUUGUCAUUCUGUGGUGGCUUCUGUGUUGCUGGGAUGCUGGAAGCUGUACCACUGGCAUUUCAAAUACCAGCAGGGUCACCCAUUGUGGACAGGUUUAAGCGAAGCUUCCAGACUUAGGCAGACUAGGAAGAAGGACCUGGCGAUCUACUUCUGAAAAAAGUUGGCCAGUGAAAACCUUAUGGAUAGCAGAAUGUUGUCUGCAUAGUGCCGGAAGAUGAGCCCCUCAGGUUGAAAGUCACUGAAAAUACUACUGGAGAAGAGCUGCCUCAAGGUACAGUCAACCUCAAUGACACAGAUGUGGCAUGACACAAAAUGUUGUACAGGGGGUUGCUGAGUUGGAGCCAACUUCAUCAUACCUAAGGAUAGAAGGCCUCCCUCACGGAUGGUGCCAGGUAGAGACACCACCAAGAGAAAGUGAGGCUACUUACGUAAAAGGCAGCAGAUCUGAUCUACAAAGAAGGUGGCCGUAAGGAAACAUCAUUUUCCUACUCCCUUUUCUUGAGCUCUAUAGAAGAGUGGUGUGGACUGAUAUAUCUCCAUAAGGAGGGUAAUCUGAAUGUAGGAGGAUCCUUUAUAAGUAUUUACUAACUUCUAAAUUUAAAGUGGUAGAGCCAAGAUGACUAUGUCCUUUUUGAAGCCUAGUUAAAGCAACAAGAGGCAGAUGUGGAAGUGCUAUUUUUGAUGAAGAAACAUCUAUCUCUGAGGCUCAAAAUCCACAAAGAAGUGCUGCUAAACAUGGUGAGAAUCCAGGGAGAGAAACUGCUGCUGCACUGAGGACUGCAAAAUUCCCCCAAGGUAGUGGCAUGCCGGGAAAGACAAAUGAGAGGGCACUGGGAUCGGAGCCAUUACACCACUUUGAUCAGGCUGGCUUUAAGAGCUUCCACUCGAUUUGCAAUUACAGAGUGGCAGAAGAAGGGGGCAAGAGGGCUUGAGGAUAUACACGGAUUUUGAAAAGAGAAUAUCAUUUGGCAGAGAAGAACUAUACCCAUGACUUGCAGGACUGCACAGUGAAGGCUAACUCCUUGCUACUCAAAGUGUGGUGUAUGGCUCAGCAGCAUCAUUAUUACUUGAGAUUUUGUUAGAUCUUCAGGUGAUCUGAAUACACAUUAAAGUUUGAGAGACUCUGGGCUAAGAGAAACUUACUGCCCUUUGAAAAAUACGGGUCUGGAAAAGCUAGCUCCCCUUGUUUGAAAUGUCUAAGCCCAGCCUUUCAUCAGUGACCUGAUGAAUAAUGGUAGACUCAGACUUACAGAAUCUGCCCUCACCAAAACUGAACAAAGUACAUGCCAGCAUCACUGAGAGAUGAAAAGUGGUGCUACCUCAUAUCACACACUAUGAAAAGUAUUAUAGAGAAACAACAGGGCCAAACUAAAAGCAUACGCCAGGAUAUGUGGCAUUUUCUGCCCCCUGGUAAGAGCUGAAUAACAGAGAAAAAGCAGAUUUCUGAAAAUCUUCACUGAUAUAUCCCAAUUUGGUGGAGAAGAUUUUGGCAGCACUUGGCAAACAAACCCAAACCCAUUGCUGUCGAUUCCAACUCAUGAUGACCCCAUGUGUUACAAAGUAGAACUGAACUCCACAGGGUUUUAAUGGCUGUAAUCUUAAUGGAAGCAAAUCACUAGGCAUUUCUAUUGUGGCUACACUAAGUGGGUUUGAACUGUCAACCUUUAGGUUAGUAGUCAAGCACAAA